GACACAGAGAAAGACGGGUGGGGGGACAGAAACAGAGAGAGGGAGGCAGGGAGAAUGAGAUGCACUGAUAGAGGCACAGCAAGGGAGGGAAAACAAAACAAGCAGAUAUAGACAGACUAAGGAACAAAGCGAAACAGAAAGAGAUAUAGAAAACCAGAAAGAAAUAUAAUAGGACCGACAAACAGAGGGACAGAGAGACUAGGAGAGACAUACACAAAAUAAAACAGACUGACAAAUAGACAGAUGAACUGAGUAACAAGAAAAGAUAGAGAGGCAAAGAGACACCAAAAUCAACAAACAUACGGCCACAGAAAGACGGGAAGUGAAAGAGAGGAAAAGAGACGAAAAGAGAGAGUCAGAGAAAGAGAAGAAGGAAGAGGCAAAGACAGACACACAGAUAGAGAGAGAGAUUAAGAGUGUUAGAGGGUUCAUACUUACCACUCUCGCCCCGGUAUCAGGCAAUAUACAACUUCGUUUACCGCCCCCCCCCCCCCACACACACACACCACUUAUCCCUGGCGCCUGACCGUGACGGAAACGAGGAGGCGCUGAAGCCGGGACGCCCUGGACGAGAUGCUGCGGUCGUUCCUGAAAGGGAGAAGGACCUGCUUCGCUGAACUGACGUUUGGCCCAAAGGAUCGAAAUGGCACCUGAAGAUGCGUAUUCCUAUCAGCUGCCGACAGAGAACCACAAGCAAAUGUUUGGCGCCAAAGCCUGGUUGGCUAGCCAGUAUGGUUUUGCUUGAAAUCCUUGUCUUUCCGUUUCUUUUAUCUACAUGAUUUUUUUUUAUUACCUCUUGAUUAAAAGUCACAUGAAAAUAAGCCAUCAGAUGAUAAUGAAAAGCUGUGACGUCUGGAAGACCAGAAGACACAAAGGAAUAACGAUCCUUGCUACGCAGAUUCGAGAUAAACGAACUUGCUGCACGACCUUGUUUAAUGAAAAGUUGGGUCACCGACCCUGUAGGAGCCUCCAGGAGUAGUAACGUGGCACCCUCUUUUCCGAGGGUUCGGCGGCCCGCGCCCAGCGGUUCCUGCUGAGGCUGAGCACCACAGUGGCGAGGGCGAUGCUCAGUCGACCCGCACCAGCUGGCACUCUCUAAUCGAGUCGGCACAGGCCGGCCUCCAUAGACACAACCUGUGGCUCAUCCUUUGACUUAAUGAGGAAAUCCAACUUGUUUUAAGGUAACUGCUGGUCGACCGUUUCUCUUCUGGAGGAGGCUGAGGGAUUCGCGAGGCGGCCGAGAAUGCAACCAACAGGAGAUCGCCAAAGGGCGCUGUAGAGGGCCGGGAUCUCCCUCAGGAACAUCCGAGGAGCUCGGAAUCGACUGCAUGAACGAGACAUCCUGCUGAACAGAGCACCGCCGACGACGCCUGCCACGAUGAACGGCGCUCGGAAGACCUUCCUCGGGCUGUGGCUCCUCGCCUGCGCCGCCGCAGCCACCGCAUCUCAUAAACCGCAAAUCAUGCACGAGAAGGAUGAAAUUGUCGUGGAGAAAGGUGAAAUGUUGAACCUUACCUGUCGAGGAGACGAGCCGGUUGCUUGGUUUGCCGACAGACACAAAAUUCAUUAUGAUACUUAUGAAGAGGUCUACGACGUCGGCCACCCCAUGCCCCACGUCGCCAUCUUGGUGAUGAGCAACAUGAACUACACGGAGGUGGGCUACUACAUGUGCCUCUUCAACACCUCCGACCGCCCCGCCACUCCCGAUCCUCAGAGCCCCGACAUCGCCUCCAUCUACGUCUAUGUCAAAGACGAGAUGAACCUCCUGACGGAGGACAGCCACGGCGUGUUCUACGACGCCGAAGUGAACCAGCCGUUCGUGGUCCCGUGCAAGCCCACCUUCCCCGAGGUGAAGGUCACCCUCGAGAAGAACCAAGGCGCCUUCCCGGAUUUCUUGACCCUGACGCGGCCGCGGGUCGGCUUCGAGAUCCUUCCGGACAAGUACAUCGACCACAUGACGUGCAGAGCCGAGUACGGGAGGCACUCGCGGGACCAGGACGUGAUCCUGCGCUUCAACCGACCCACACAGCAGAAGUUGCCGCGGCCCACGGUGGAGGUGGUGGAGGCGUGGCAGCGGAACCUGAUGGCGAACGAAUCCGGUGACUUCUACGACGUGGAGAUGGGGAGCUCGUUCAACCUGACGUGCACGUUCGAGGCCAGCACGUCGCUGCACCACUCGCUCACGUGGGAGAGCCCCGCCAUGGCGAACGCGUCCGGCAACCAGCUCGUGUACCGGUACCCGCGAGAUCACCGACUGGAGCGCCACCUGGCCGUGCACGACGCCAGGAAGGAGGACUCGGGCGAGUACCGCUGCAUCGCCAGCGUGGGCACCGUCGACUCGGACCCCUACCGCGUCUUCGUCAACGUCGUCGAGAGGAACGAGAGCUACGUGUACCUGCGCGCGGACGACCCCGUCAUCGCCGAGAGCCACAACCCGCUGACAUGGCUGCUCCGCAUCCGCGCGCACCCGAGGCCCGAGUUCGUCUGGAAGAAGCAAGACAAGGAGGUCCUGAACACGGCGGCCGGCGCGCUGCCCGACACCAGCCGCUACGGGAUCGACGUGUCGCUGUUCGACCAGGGCGAGGUGCUGGCCAGGAUCAGCUCGCCCUCGCUCGCCGACGUCGGCAACUAUACCCUCGAGGCCUGGGCCAACGGCAGGGCCGACGCCAUCACGCUCACCUUCGUCAUGGAGGCCGAGCCGGAGAUCCUGUCGUUCCACGCGUCCCCCGCGCGCAGCAUGUGGCGCACCAAGGACGGCUUCAAACUCAGCUGCGAGGCGCACGGCUUCCCGCGGCCGCUCGUCACGCUGCAGUUCAAGGACUGCCUCGGCAAGGGCCGCUGCCUCGAGGGGACUUCGCGGCGGUCCAAGGCAACCAGAGCCAGAACGAGCUGCACGAGGACAAGGCGGCGGCCCAGGAUGACCUCGACGCCGUCAGGGAGAGGAGGGACUGGGUGGGGCGCGCCUCGACCCCUGGCUUCUACAGAUGCGUGGCCGAGAACGAGCACGGGAGGACCGAGAGCGCGUCCGUGCCCUUCUAUGUCACCGACGCGGCCGAGAACGAGACCCUGUACGUGGAGGCGCGCGUGAACGGCGUCCUGAGGAGCGGCCAGGGACUAGCCAUCCUCGAGGGGGACAACGUCACCCUCGCCUGCUACGGCAACAAGAUGCUGACGAGCGAGAGGCUGCUCUGGGAGGCCAACGGGAAGCCGCUGGAGGAGGUCGGCUCCUUCGCCAGGAAGCAGCUCAACGACAC